AGUUUCCGAAGACAGAACAGCGCCAGGCGAUAGAUGCGAUGAAGUCAUUCCUCGGCACCGGUUUGCGCGCAAGGGUCUCUCGGCAAAACUUGCCUAAAUCUACGAAACCACGCGGGCGACAUUCAACAUCCCACCCCAACGCGUCGAGACGCGCCGUUAUUGCUAACAUUGAUUCCACGCGCCAUUCCAGUCGAAAUGUAUAGCUAGAGCCUCCGUCGAUGCCGAGCGAUUCUCCACUCCGCCGCAUAGCAUACCCACUAUUCCACAUAACAGUGAACAUUCACGCCCGACAUGAAUGAACCACCACGAAAGAGACGCAAGACCGCCUCGCCCAACGCAAGUGAAGCAGCUUCGAGCCCUCUGAAGAAACCUCUACGCCGACCGUCUUUUGCAUCUCCCACAAAGGCCAGCCUUGCGCGAUUCAAUCCGAACCUCUUGCAGACCGGCAGGGAAGCUCUGAUCCAGCGCGGAAAGCAGGCACGCGCCUUUAUAUUUGGCGGAAGCGCGGAGCAAACUGCUGGAACUGGGAACACGCAGAAUGAAGCAGACCCUACGAUUGCUGCCGCAGGGCGAGGGAGCUCGUUGGAAGAGGAGCGCCGCGCAACUGUCUCAGAAGUAGCACGGAGGAAUACACGGGAGUCCACAUCGGUGAGCCAAGAGGAGGAAGAGCCGGAACUGCCACAGACGUCUCCUCAGGCCUUGGAGCAGGACACUCCUCGACGAGGAAUGCUCUUCUCUUCGCCAAGCAAAAGGCCUCCGCGCAAAGCGACCGGUGUCCACUCCUCAUUGAAGGCAAGACCAGGAGUGAGCUCGGAAACAAGGAUUCAGCCCGUGAACGGUGCAGAUGCUCGAGGAGAAGGGACCGAAACUGGUGCAGCCAAGAAGAAGGAACCUCCUGAUCCUGAGCUGGAGAGUAAGAAGCGGGAGAAGGAGAAGCUUUUGAGGGAGCUGGCAGAUUUGCAAAACGAUGUCGAGCAAUGCGUGGACAAGGUGAAGUGGCUCCACAGCCGAUCUCCUAGUCAAGAACUUGACCCGGGGGAUCGGGAUGAUUUGAUCUCCUUCAUCAACAAAAUGACGAAUUCGGAAGCGCUAGAAAGGGACAAAACCGAGCCGACAAUAUCCAAUCUUCUGUGCUCAUUUCUCCCAUAUGCAGCACAAGCCAUCCACCAGCCUCAGAACCGAGAUGAUGCGGAGGACAUUGUUCCAUCACAUCACCCCAUCGACCUGGACGAUCCGCUUCCGUACCUGCAAAUGUUCACCUCCUUGCAAUUCACUCCUCGGAUGAGUCUACCAGAUCUAGAAGGCUUGGACAACGAGUCGAGGAACUCGUACCAGAGGCUUUCGAUCGACAUCAUCGGCCCGCAAAAGCUACUCACCGGCUCCGUCGAAGCCACAAUCGAUACGAUGUCUCAUCGAAUUGUCAAUCUUGACGUUCCUCGACUGUCCGCCUGGGCAGAAAAGGAGCUGGGAACCUUCAUGCGAGAAAAGGCAAAACAGAAAAACCUCAGCUGUGCCUGUUGGGCAAUGGACUCAUACUGGGAUCUCACCAAGAAACGCGCCGAGUAUUGGCGCAAAUGUGAGACGGCCUUCGCUCAUCUAAUACCAGGGCGAAGAAACGUUGGUAACGAGAAUUCCAAUCAAGCAAUGGAUGGGGAUGCAUCGAAGAACAUGACACGUAAGGAUUUGCUACGUCACUUAGGUCGGGAUGUCCUGGUUUUGGAGGAUAAGCAUGUGCUCUUGAAGAUAUCAUGGCGUAUUCAAUUUGAUUGGACGGGUGAGGCGGAGUCGAUUGUUCAGGUCGAACCUGCGUAUCCGCGAGUGUGGGCCGAAGCGGACACGAGCAGAAGCUUGAAUACAAUACCCCAGACGUUUCAAUCUCUAGUCGAAGCGCAUGGCGUGUUUGCAGCGACGAAGAUCAUGGUUGCGCUGCUCUUUGCGAAAGAGUAGGGGAGGGAAUUUAUGUCCUGAUGCGUUUCAAGGGAGUUUAUACAUGCAUCCCAUGACCAUGGGUUUUGUUUGCUUGGAUGACGUGAUACCAUAUUAUUUAGGGGACGGUGAUACCUCUUUGGCUUUGGGGCGUCUGUGAGAAUUUAUACGGAAAUGGGCUCAUACUUGGUGCCUAUCUUGGCUUUGUCGUCGGCUGUCCAAGUUUCUGCCACCUUGCCGCUAGAUAUUUGGGGGGAAUUUGCGAAUGACUAUUGAGAUCUGAUGUACCCACUCGGCUGAAAUGUAUUUGAGUUAUAGCUAUCUGGGAAAGAAACGACUCGCAGUGCUGAAGCUGGGGUCCAGACAUAUAGAUAUGCUGUAUAUGGUAUAGUUCCUCAAUGCAUGGCUCGCAUCC